UGUCACAACACAACAUUGCUUUAGACCAACUUUUCGACAUGGACAUGGCUUUAACGUUGCUGUGGUCGCCGCCGCCGGCGGAGGAGGAGACGGUGGAAAAAUCGGCGAAAUCUUCUUCGGAGGUUUACUCCGGCCACCGGAUUCAAGAGUCGUUGCCCACCGUCAACGCCGGAGACGGUGUUUGCACGGUUUGUAUGGAGGGAUUUGAAUUAGGAGUGGGCGGAAAGAAACUUCCAUGUGAUCAUAUUUUCCAUCAGAAUUGCCUCUCAAAGUGGCUCUCUCUCCACAAAUCUUGCCCUCUUUGCCGGUUCAAAGUCUCCGGCGUCUCUUCCGCCGCCGCCGGCCGGCCAGACCUAACCGCUGCUCCGGCUAAAGAUUAGGUGGUCCGUUGGAGGUUCACACCUUUUGUUUCAUUCAUUAGAAGUUUUUAUCUUUUUAUUUUCAGGCCUUUUUUUUUUACUAAAUCUUUCUGUAACAAACUUUUAUAUUAUUAGUUAGACGUUUUUUUAGACGUUAAUUGUAUAAUGACGUCACAAAUUAAUAGUACGAUGCAAUAUUAAACAA